AUGCCUGAAAAGAAUGGCAAGAAUGGUCACAAAGUGAGCCGGGAGAGCAUCAACGAUGAUGAUGGUCAGGUGGCACUGAAGAAGGAGCUCGGUCUGCUCAAUGGAGUCGCCAUCAUUGUCGGCGUCAUCGUCGGCAGUGGCAUCUUUGUGUCCCCUCGUGGCGUCCUCCAAGAAUCGGGCUCAGUGGCCGUCUCUCUGAUCAUCUGGGUACUCUGCGGUUUGCUCUCUACUGUGGGCGCACUCUGCUACGCCGAACUGGGCACUUCUAUUCCCAAGUCAGGUGGCGACUAUGCGUACAUCCGAGAGGCAUUCGGCCCAAUGCCCGCCUUUCUAUUUCUAUGGGUGGCUCUACUUAUCAUCAAUCCGUGCAGUAAUGCGAUCGCCGCAAUGACCUUUGCCAAUUAUAUUCUCGAAGCGAUCCUAACGAACUGCAGUGAACCAUCGCCAAACGCCGUUCGAUUGAUUGCCGCCGCCGUCAUACUGUUGCUUACCUUUGUCAACUGCUACAAUGUCAAGUGGUCAACUCGAAUUCAGGACUGGUUUACAAUGGCUAAAAUUGUCGCACUGCUGCUCAUUGUCGGCUGUGGCGCCCUUCAGCUGUACCGAGGCCAAGGGUACGAACACCUGAGCUAUCCAAAAUCAUUUGAGGGCACCACUAACUCUCCAGGGCACAUUGCACUGGCAUUCUACUCGGGUCUCUUCUCUUAUGCUGGCUGGAACUACCUCAACUUUGUCACCGAAGAGCUAAAGGACCCGUUCCGGAAUCUACCUCGAGCCAUCUACAUAUCCCUGCCCAUGGUGACCAUCAUCUACCUUCUGGCAAACGUGGCCUACUUCACCGUACUGACGCCCGCUGAGCUGCUGUCCUCAAACGCUGUGGCAGUCACUUUUGGCAACCGAAUGCUGGGCAGCUUCUCCUGGAUAAUGCCCCUCUCGGUGGCACUGUCGACCUUUGGCGGUCUGAACGGCGGCAUCUUUGCCUCCUCUCGGCUUUUCUUUGUGGGCGCUAGAAAUGGCCAUCUGCCAGUGACGCUGGCGAUGAUAAACCUGAAGUACUUCACACCCAUUCCCAGUCUCGUCUUUCUGGGCAUCCUGUCGCUGUCGUAUUUGACGACGACGCAAAUCUACGUGCUCAUCAACUACACCGCCUUCAUCGAAUCGCUGGCUGUGGCCGCCUCGGUGGGCGCCCUCCUCUGGCUGCGCUACACUCAGCCCAACCUCGAGCGGCCCAUCAAAGUGAACCUCCUCCUUCCGAUCGUCUUCUUCAUCACCUGUCUCUUCCUCGUCCUUCUGCCCUUCUACGUGAGCCCCUACGAGACGGGCAUCGGCGUCGCCAUCACCCUCACCGGCGUGCCCAUCUACUUUCUCACCGUACAGUGGAAGUCAAAGCCAAGGCUGUACAACAAACUCAUCAACUCCUUCACCACCAUCACGCAAAAGCUUUUCUUCUGUUCUCAAGAGGACUAG